CUGUGCUACAACUUGACAAGCAAAAAAAAAAAAAAAUAUUAAAACGUUUUUUAAUAAGUUAUAGCGAAACAAAGUGACCUACACAAUGGCCAGAGACAGGCUGCCGGAGCUUUUACAGCGCUCGCUUAGCGCUAAUUCUACAUCCUCAUCCUCAAAUGGUUCGUUGCUGCUGAGUGUCUACAACGCUACCACAGAGACGCUGCAGCACAGCAGCAGCAACAGCAACAACAGCAACAACAAUAACAACAGCAGCAGCAGCAACACUGAGAGUGGCAAGGAUCGCGAGCGGCUCAAAAUGGCGCAACAAGGCACCGAUGUGGAUGCCAUUCUAAAUCCGUACUCGGAAAUACGCUAUCAACUAUCCCAAAUAGCGGCCAAUCUGGAGGCAAUGAACCGCAUGUCGCAGACGAUAAAUCUGCGUAGCUUCAAUGAGAAUGAAAUGAACGAGCUGCAUAACAAGAAUCUGAGACUGGGCAAUCAGCUGAUAGGACGCUUCAAGGAGUUCAAAGCCAAUCUGCCGCCCGAGGAUGAUUACAGUCUGGAGGCGCGAAUGAAGCGUACGCUCUUCUAUGGCCUAUACCAAACCUAUAUAAAUCUGUGGCAGAAGAACGAGGCAUUUCUGCAGAACUAUGAACAGAAAGUGAAAAAGAAUCUGCGCAUGCAUACAAAAAUAAUUAAUUCAGAGGCCAGCGAACAGGAAAUUGAGCUGCUCAUCGAGAACAAAACCACCAAAUUGUUUGUGGAUAAUAUAUUGCAAGAGACAGAAAAGGAGCGACAAACGCUGCGCGAUCUUAUGGAUCGUUUCAAUGAGCUGCGAAAGCUGGAAAAGUCUAUUGAGGAUGUGCAUGCGCUCUUCAUGCGCAUCCAAACGCUUGUCAUGGAACAGAGCGAGACAAUACAACGUGUGGAGUUUCAUGCUCAGCAGGCGUCGCUCUAUGUGGACAAGGGCGCAGAUGAGCUGGAUCAGGCUGAGAAGAGUCACAAAAAGGCGCGCAAGAAAAAGAUAAUGCUCAUUGCUAUACUCCUGGCUGUCGUAUUAGUUUUAAUCUUAGUUGGUGUUUUCUUGUGAUGCACAUAAAUGCCAUUUCCUUCUUCUUUUUUUUUU